GCAGGUUUCUGACUAACCUCCUAGGAAGGGGAAGAUGGAAACUAAGUAAUUGUAGGAUACUGAAGUUUUAACUUGCAGGCUAGCCUUGAAACAGAGCGCUCUCUUUAUGGAGAUCUUUUUGUAGUUGCUUAUUAAUGUGCACAAAAUACCUGUCUGCACUGAAACUUCUUGGUCACUGAAGGAGAUGUUCUAGGAAAGCUUCACUAGCUAUUUGUCAAAGGCACCCUUAUACUAAAAGGUCGAAACAUUUGCAUUGGCUUCUUGUCUGCUUGACUGAUUCAACAAGGAUUUUCUGGAACUUCACAUACGACGUACUGAGAGAUUGGAUUUGCUUCCUGUACUCACGUAAAGUCUUGAAAGAGUGGUGGAAACAAGGAACUCAGUUUUGAGGGCACACUCAGAUAAUCAGGAAGCGGGAACUGAGAUGAGAGGUGUCUACAGUCGUCCUCUUAACAUUGACAGCGCUUCUUAUUUCUCCCCCAUGGCCUUUUUGAUGUCACUCUCCAGUAGAAACCUUGAAUAAUUAUAUUGCAUUGCUAACUAUCUAUUAUAAAGGAAGCCAUAAUGAAUUUAAGUUGUAGCAGUCAUAGCUCAAAGUGAAAUCUCAGAGGAGGGAGAUAUUGGAAGUGGCCCAUGUACACUUUCCCCUCCAGCAGUAGUAACGCUUGGUACCUGUCAGGUGCUUCUGCUCCUUUCCUAUUUAUGUGAGAGUCAAACACGCACGCACACUAAGUGCCCAUGGGUGAAACAGUCUGUAACUCGAGUGUUCACAGGUGUCAUUGUGCACCUGCCGUAUGCCCCGGCUACACACGGCUGCAUGCAUCUGGGCUGCUAAUCAUCAAACAAGAGCAUGGCAUGCUGGUAGCUGUAGUUUCUUCUUGUCUUUUGGUUAUACCAAUGCAUGAAGGGGAGGGCUGUUGCAGUUUGUUGCAUCAGCCAACAGGAUGCCAUCAGCUUAUAUGAAGUUGUUAAUGUGUCCUUCUCCUUGGUGAAGGAGAAUACAAAUACUAACCGAGUAUAUAAGGCACACUGCCCAGAUGUCAAACUGUUGGAUAGGCCUCAUAUUCAUCUCUGCAUCGUAGUCUUGUAAGAAAGAAUAAGGCCUUAGCCAAAAAAACCAGCAUGUAGCAUUUGUUUCUGACUUUUCAAUUUAGAGUAAAGAGGAGACAAAUGCAUAUGAAUUAAGGCAAAUAGUAUAAAGAUGGAUGUUGCAAGAGGCAAAGCAAAAAGCCAUGUGCCUAAGAUGCUUGUUUUCACUUGUGAACAGCCUGUGAGUAAGCUUAAAGCAGUGAGGUAUAUCUGUUUUUUCAAUGGAUUACUUGGUUGAGGGGGAAUCAGUCAUCUGUAGGUUUCUGACCUAGACCAAAGGUUAUUUCCUUAUGGUGGCUAUUUUGUAUGAAAUUAGGUAGCAGCCUCCUUGAGUUAAGCAUGACUUGUGGGAUGCACUGACCCGGAUAACUGGUACUAAACUGGGAGCUGUGUUGGCAUUGCAACUUACAGGACUUAAGAAAUUGAAUGAGUUUGGUGGAAUUAAGUUUAAAAGAUUUCCUUCCUGUUCAGGUCAGUUGAUGGCAACUAACAUGAGGGUAUAAAGUCAUUUUUGUAAAUCAAAUGAUAGCUGUAGUUCUAGAUCUGUCUUGACCCUUAGCAAGUAUGAUUCUAAAAGGAACGCUGUCCUAAGCCUCAGCAGAUGUCAGGUAAUCAUCAAAAAAAGUAUUCCCCAGUGGUUCCCUGCAAAAAUGAGGAGAUGAUGGCCAUCAGAUGACAGGCCAUAGACAUGUCAGGAGCUGAAUUCCAGGGUCACUCUUUCACCCUGGAAUUACAGAUCCCUGGCAUGAAACCUCACCUGAUGCUUUCUGCUUUAUUUUAGGCUCUGAUGAGUCAACUGUUGCUAGCAUUUGGAGCUUGAGAGAUGAGAGUAUGAAUCUCCAGACUUUUCAUGGAUGUUCCAGAUUGCCAUAUGCAAUGGACACUGAUCUCAGUUCCCAGGAUAGGAAGGACCUGGACAAGUUCAUCAAAUUUUUUGCUCUGAAGACGGUACAAGUAAUUGUCCAGGCCCGACUUGGAGAGAAAAUCUGUACCCGAUCAUCAUCAUCUCCAACAGGUUCUGACUGGUUCAAUUUGGCAAUCAAAGACAUACCAGAGGUUACUCAUGAAGCAAAGAAGGCCUUGGCAGGACAGCUACCUGCUGUUGGACGUUCCAUGUGCGUGGAGAUUUCUCUCAAAACCUCAGAGGGGGAUUCUAUGGAGCUGGAAAUUUGGUGUCUAGAAAUGAAUGAAAAGUGUGACAAAGAAAUCAAAGUUUCAUACACCGUGUACAACAGGCUGUCUCUACUACUGAAGUCUUUACUUGCGAUAACCAGGGUAACUCCAGCGUACAGACUCUCAAGAAAACAAGGCCACGAAUAUGUAAUAUUGUACAGGAUAUAUUUUGGUGAAGUGCAGCUGAGUGGCUUGGGAGAAGGUUUCCAGACAGUCCGUGUUGGGACAGUGGGUACUCCAGUGGGCACCAUCACUUUGUCUUGUGCCUACAGAAUCAACCUUGCCUUCAUGUCAACCAGGCAGUUUGAGAGGACCCCUCCUAUUAUGGGGAUUAUCAUUGAUCACUUUGUGGACCGUCCCUAUCCCAGCUCUUCGCCCAUGCAUCCCUGCAAUUACAGAGCUGGUGAGGACAAUGGUGCAGUGUACCCAUCAGUGGAAGAUUCCCAAGAAGUUUGUACCACAUCUUUCUCCACCUCUCCUCCAUCUCAGUGUGUUUUUACUGUUACAAAGGCACAUUUUCAGACCCCUCCUCCUGUGGUGACGGACACCUUGAAGGUCCCAGUGAUGGGACUGGCCUUUUCACAUCAACUUUCCAGCUCUCGUCUUUCCUAUCAGCCUGCUACCUUGGCAGUUGGAUCAGCUGACAUGGGGUAUCCUGUACUCUUUGCUGGUGGCUUGAAUGCUGCACACCCUCACCAGUUGACUGGUCCAGGAAAAGAGGGGGGGGUGCCCCCGGUUCCUAGCCAGCCAGCACAUGGCACUCAAGCUGACCAAGAGAGGAUAUGUACCCCCCUGGAUGGAGCCCACUACUCAGCAGUUACUCCUUCUAGUAGUGAGGACACAGAAACAGUAUCAAACAGCAGCGAAGGGAAGUGUGGCUCCCCACAUGACCUUCUGGAGACCAUCUUUAUCCGGAAGGUGGGAGCUUUUGUCAACAAACCCAUUAAUCAGGUGACCAUGGCCAACUUAGACAUUCCUUUUGCCAUGUUUGCUCCCAAGAAUGUUGAGCUUGAAGAUAACGACCCCAUGGUGAAUCCUCCCGACUCCCCAGAGACUGAAUCUCCUCUGCAAGGCAGCUUACACUCGGAGGGCUCCAGUGGCAGCAGCACAGGGAACACCCACGAUGACUUUGUUAUGAUUGACUUUAAACCAGCAUUUUCAAAAGACGACAUUCUUCCAAUGGACCUGGGGACAUUUUACCGUGAGUUUCAGAACCCACCUCAACUCAGCAGCCUCUCAAUUGACAUUGGAGCUCAGUCCAUGGCAGAGGAUUUGGACUCCUUACCAGAGAAGCUGGCAGUCCAUGAGAAAAAUGUCAAAGAGUUUGAUGCCUUUGUAGAAACCUUGCAGUGAAGCUGUUUUCCAAGUUUGCUGCAACAGCUCUUCCUCCUCAAGGCAUCCUGGAGAAUGACGUCAACAAAUAUCUCUGUCUUUUACCGCCACUCCACCUUUUGUCUCAUUUGACUCUUUCCUUCCAUUAAGUGAGCUUUGUUUGAUCGCUGUCUGUCUUCAGCAGCACAUACAGCUCAUCUGCCAGUUUUCCUCAGCUACACCGCUGCAUAGAUCUGGACCGCUUUUCCUGUUCACAUUCAGUUUUGAAUUUGUGACUGUAAUGGGGACACAGGAAGUCAAACUCCAAUGUAUGAAACUCAUUUUCUCUUCAGUCUCUGUUCUGUGUGGAGGGGCUUUGUGAAAAGCUGCCAUAUGCUUCCUCUACAGGUCCUACCGUGUAAUUUCCCCAGAUACAGCUUCUUGCUAAUAGACUGUUUUUCCUACAGUCUUCAGUCCUGUUUGUUAGAGCCAUAGAAAGCUUUGGCCUGUUUCCAAGGUCUGUGAGUUCAGCAGAUUCAACAGCUUCAAGUCCAGGACAUCCAUUCCACAGAAUGAGGCAUUUCAUCCUGACUUCAGCGUGAGUGCCUGGAGCACAGCGAGAGACACUGGGACCUGUAUAAUACAAGUUACCUUUGUUUUUUGCUUCCAAGGAACUGGGUCUCUACAUGGUCUUUUUCUGUGAGGCCUUCUGUUAUGUUUGUCUGAUAAGCAAGAGUGAAACUACAGAAGCACUUUCCAUGUUUCCUUUCCACCCUUUCCUGAGUGUACUGAAACUCUGCCAUGCUGAGUUGACCAGUGUUGACUUUGUUGGCAGUUCUACAAGUAGCAGCUGGGAUAAUGCUGAAUUCAUAGUCUCCGCUUUUGAAAUGCAACUGUAAAUAUUAGGAAUCCUAUUUCUGUAGGGUUGUGUAAUUAGGAGUCUUAGUCCAAGAUUCUUUCCUCUAACCCUUGCAAACUUUGCUGCUUUAUGGUUAAUAGAUGAUCUUAAGAAUCAAGAAAUAUUUAUUGCUUUUAAAGAAACCUAUAUUUAAAAGAAAGAUGUUCUGUUUUCAUGUAGUAGUGCAGGUCAUUUUGCCCUGGAUCACUGCAGACAGCAAGCGUGCCAUGGAAUCCUGUCCAGUGGGAAUGGUCUCCCUUUGCCAGAAAAAAUCCAGGAUGUUUAUAUUCUGAGACAAACUUGAUGAUUGAUUUAAUAUAAUACUCUGCUUUGGGGACUGUGUUUCCAUUACAUCCAGUCAGGGCCCAUUGAUAUAAUGAAAUGCACACAUCAGUAUAGUGGAGUGGCAGGGACUUAGCAAAAAAGCUGUAUUCUGAUAGGCAUGGAUGAAUCCGCUCUGUUCUUCAGCCAUUCAGAAGGCAGCUUCUUCUCAGAAGCACAUUUUUGGGGAGGCUUAUGGUACUUUUUAAUCAGCUGGCUUUCGAUUAGCUGAGAGUUUAUUUUUGUAAUGAGCUGGCUAUUAGCAGUGUGACUGGCUGGCAGUGCUCUAUGGUUGCUUUGGCUGUUGUCUCCUUUGCCUGAUGUGAGGAAGGGAGGAGAAAUAGUGACACUAAACAGAAACUUAGAUAAGGUAGGUCUUUUUGUGGUUCUCUCCCCACCUCUCAUAUGUAACUAGAGUGAGCAACUGCAAGACCUCCUUAUGGUCUUAAAACACUACUUUUUUUUUUUUUUUUUUUCCCUUCUUUCCCCAGAGGUGGGAUUGGGCUUCCUCUGUACUGAGGAACCAUCUUAAUUUCCUUAGACUGGUGGAGUAAUGAGCCUUCUAAUUACUGAAAUGUGGUUUCUUCUUCAAUGUAGUGUAUUCCUUAUUGAAAGAGAUUGCUAUCAGAUGACAGUAGGCUGUGGGAAUCUCUAGGCUACUAUCUCUGUGCUGCUGCUGGAGCAAGGAACUGAGUUCAGGAGGUAGCUUAUUGUAAAUCAAGAGCAAUACCAUGCUUUGAACUUUACCAGCUUUCUUGUUGAGUGAUGUGUUUUGGUGGGAGGUCACGUGUGCUCUAAAACGCCAGGUGAGCGCUUCAUUGAAGGAGAGUUACCCACCAGAACCUUUCUAGUUUCGUCAACGAAUCCAACUUUUCAGCAACAUCAUAUACAGAAGUUCCUUACUCUUUGCAAAGAAGCACAGACAUUAGAAAAGGCUUUCUAGAGAAACAGCUCGCAAGAGGGCUUUGGUUACACGGCAUUUAACAAAUAUUUGAUCCCAACAGCCAGAGCCACUUUCUUGUACAGGUGCAAAAUGUAUCAAAAGGGUCCAGGAUCACAAGCAGUUAGUGGAUCCCCUGGCUCUCCAUUCUGCUCAGGAAGUCGGUCUUUGCCACCUUGUAGGAAGUAGCUCACAGACAGGUAGUGGGCUGUCACCUUUCCCUUAACUUACAGGUUGUGCUUGGGAAAGUGCUAUUAUCUGAGCUGCCAAGCAGCAGAGACUGAGUAAAGUGCUGGUUCACACUGUAUUCACAGGGAAGACUGGAAUAGGUGGAGCUUCACCUGGCCAGUGCUGCUACUGUCCUGUUGCUACACUGAAAAGCUGUGGAGCUGAUAGAAAGCAUGCAAUUCUUGCUAAUGCUAUCCAGACGGGCCCCAGAGCCAAAUACUCAUGCUCAUUUGUUGAUGUUGUUCCUAACGUGGCUACAGCUCCCACAUCUCACAAGUAAGACUUUCAGUGUGGCAGGUUUUUUUCUGCUUGAAAGGCUAGAAAUUUGUCCAUGUGAGCUGCUAGGGUUGAGCUGGGUGGUCACAGCAAUAAAGAUCUUCUUUAUGGCUGAGGUAUGUGCCUGUUUUCUGGACAUUCCUCAGCUUUAACACCUAGUUUCUACAUCUAGACUCCCAGAUCUCCAAUCACUGCAUUAAUGUUCUGCUUCAGGAAGGAUCUAGCUGCUGCUGUGGCCUGCCACAGAUUGUGUUAUGAGGGCUGUUUAUUUUAGCAGCUGUCCUCAGUUCUAUAUUAAGGACAGUAUGUAGCUGCUGAUUUACAGAUGCUUUGGGUGAAGGGGAAGGGUCCUAAAUUGCAUUGUUUUGGAAGUAGUCUCCAAUGUACUUCAAGUAUUCAAAGAGUUUCCAAUAAAACUUUUAUGUAAGCAAUGGA